AUGAAUACUUUUCUCUCCGACCAUGAUACCCAAGCCGUGCGUAUCACCGUGGGAGCUGUAACUCUCCUCGUCGUAGCGAUUGUGGCUAUGAUCGGAGCCGAGAAUUACGGCAAGAUCAAUCGCUUCCUCUUCCUCGGCCAACUCGUCACCAUCUGGCUGACCUUUGGCUGCAUGCUCUUCCGCAAGGCUCCCUACGUACGUGUCUCCCUCUCUCUUUUAUCCCCUCAGGAGCUCCCUCACGGCGGUCUUUUCACCGGAUUCUCCUUCGCCACCUUCAAAGAGAACUUCAUCCCGCCCACGCUGAAUUCCUCCACGCUGCGCUCCGUCUUCGCCGUGAUCUUCCCCGCCAUGACCGGCAUCAUGGAGGGCGCCAAUCUCUCCGGCGAUCUCGAAAACCCGGGUCGCGACCUGGGUCGCGGCACGAUCAUCUCGGUCUGCACGUCGCUGACGCACUACACGCUGCUCUACACGCUCUCCGCGUUCGUGUUCACGCACGACACGCUGGUGCAGAACACGGACGUCUUCCAGGACGUGGGGUUCUCGCCGUACAUCGCCGUGGUGGGCAUCUUCAUCGUGGGAUUCUCGUCCGCGCUGGGCUCGUUCAUUGGAGGCGCGCGCGUGCUGCAGGCCCUGGCGCGCGACCGCGUGUUCUCGUUUUUGGGAUGCUUCGGAAAGGGGUAUGGGAAGGGCGACGAGCCGCGGAUUGCGAUCUUGCUGAUGUUCUCGUUCUGUUUUGUCUGCUUGUUCAUUGGAGGGCUCGAGACCAUCGCGCCCAUUAUGACCAAUUUCUUCUGUUUGUCGUACGCGCUGGUGAAUCUCUCCGCGUUCGUUCUCCGCAUCACCGGGGCGCCGAACUACCGACCUCGCUUCAAGCUGUGCUCUUGGCAGGUUUCGCUCUCCGGCGCGCUGCUGAACUUCAUCAUCAUGUUCUACAUCAACUGGGCCAAGGCUCUCAUUUCGGUGCUCGUGAUGGUCGCCAUCUUCAUCUAUCUGCUCUACACGACGCCUCGGCAGGAGUGGGGAGACAUCUCGCAGUCGCUCAUCUUCCACCAAGCCCGCAAAAUGCUUCUGAAGCUCGAUCUCGACAAGAACCAUCCCAAAUACUGGCGUCCGUCCAUUCUUCUCUACGCACCCACGCCCGAAACCUUCCCGCUCAUCGACUUCUGCAACGUUCUGAAGAAGGGCGGACUCUACGUCGUGGGCACCGUCUAUCAGAAGGACUUGACGCAAGAAAACGACGAGUUCUACACGCUCGAGAACUUCUGGUCGUUCUUCAUCGGCCACUGCAACGUCAAGGCCUUCUCCAUGGUGAGCUUCGCUCCUUCCGCGGCCGAAGGACUGCAUAACAUGGUCUCAACGUGUGGAUUGGGUGCCCUUCGUCCCAACACCAUCGUGAUUCCGCUCGAGAAAGAGCGCUCCUACGGCGCUUCGUCCUCCGUGGAGAUCCUGCAUCGCCUCAAGGGCAUGACGGAUGUCGAUUUGCCGCUCGUAUCGGUGCCAUUGCCGAGCCAGCUGAGCGAUUCUGACUAUUACGCAUUGAUUAACGAUGUGAUGGUUCUGCAGCGAAACAUCGUGAUCGCCGCCAAUUACGAGAAGAUCCAGCCACAUGGCACCGAGAUCUGCUGGCCGGCGAUGCGUGACAACUACCCCAAUCCGAAGGAGAACACGCUGGACAUGGUGAUCGUGGGCGACUGGGACUGGCACGUGGAGUUUUCGAGUCGUUUUGGAAGGGAGGAGUGACGGGUAGAUUAUCUCUCCCUCAUUAUUCAGUACGGUUACAUUAUCCAUCGAAACAAGAACUGGAGUCGAUUCACGCUUCGACUCAUCCAGAUUCUCCCGGAUCGAGAUCCGAAUGAGGGUACAAGGCAGUGAAUGCGGCAUCAUCAUGUGUAGAGUUUACUGAGGAGUACGCUCGAUUGAAUGAAAUGCUGGAGGAAGUCCGUGUGGAGGCGAAGACCAUUGUGACUGGAAUCCCUUCGAGUGCUUUUGACGAGUUCAAGAAUCGCCCGGAUUUCUGUAAUUCCAAAAGUUGGGGCUUAUUCGUAGCUUUCCAUGUUUUGCCGUUUGAUGUGGUGGCGAAGCUGCUGAAUCCGCUGCUGAAGGAGCUUUGCCCGCACAGCCAGAUGAUUUUGAUGAAACUGCACGCACCCGAUGGAGAUCAGAGCGGUGCGGCAGAGUACAUGAAACAAUUACGAGCGUUGGUGAAAGAUUUACCGCCAAUAUUGCUGAUGAAUACCAGUACGCACCUCCCUGUAAUCACACGAUAUAUCUAAUUCAUGUGUAUCGCCUUG